AUGGUGUUCUCCGACGAUUAUGUGGCCGCCGUGGUGCCCAUCUUGGUGUACUGGGGCUACUCCGGCGUGCACGCUGCGCUUGGCCACGGGCACGUCAUGGACAAGUACCGGCUGAACACCAAGGCCGAAGAGGACAGCAGGAACACCGUGUCCAAGCGCGCCGUCCUGGUCAACGUCCUCAUGCAGCACCUCAUGCAGCUCGUCGCCGUCACCGUGCUCACCCCGGUUAUAGCUGGAAAAGGAGUAGGCGCGGCACCGUCGGCGACAUCGUCGUCGUACCUGACGGCGGCGCGGCAGAUCGCGGUGACGAUCGUGCUGUACGACGUGUACCGGUACGCGUGGCACCGGCUAGCGCACCGGAGCCGGUUCCUGUACCGUCACCUUCACUCGUGGCACCACCGCCUCGUCGUCCCCUACGCGUUCGGCGCCAAGUACGGGCACCCGUCGCUGUGGAACGGUGCCGCCUACCACGGCGUGCACCACCUGCCGCGCGGCGUCAGGUACAAUUUCUCCGACCUCUUCUUCGUCACCUGGGACAAGGCCUUCGGGACGCACCUUCCCUACACCGUCGAGGAGAGGCCCGGCGGCGGAGGGCUCGUCAUCCAGCCCAUGCGGCCCAAGCAGGCGGCCAAGGCCUCCGCGGUCGUCACGCCGGUGAACUAG